AUGGGUGCACAGCAUCUUCAAAGCAUGCACGAUAGCGGCACGAUUACGCCCCCGCUUACACCCAGCAUAUCACAUGCAAAGUCCGCAUCUGGGUCUUCGGACUUGUUGAACUCACUAUCUACUCUACGACGUGGGGAUUCGGUAUCUUCGAUUAACCGGCCCCGCCUGUCACUGGAUGAAUCACCACGUGCUGGAAGCACUGAGCUCAUCAUCUUUCCACACCACUUGACAGACUACGAGAUCCGCACAGAUGAGCGCGGUCGAAUGAAGAAGAUUGGCGAGGGUGCAUGGAGUGACGUCUACCUAGCGACGCCGUGCUCACCCAAGCCGACCGAGCAGUCUUCAUCACCGACGCCCUAUAGCCCUGAGAUGACGCCUCCCCUGACACCAGUAAAGACGGUCGAAUCGGCUAUGGCCCUCAACCUGGUACCCACAACGCCCUCCCUCUACGCCGUCAAGAAGCCAGCUAUGACAAGCGCAAAGAAGGUUCUCGAGGCGGAAGCACGCAUCCUCUCGUACCUAUCCCGGUACCCCAACGCCACCGACCACAUCGUCCCCUUCUACGGCCUCGACCCACGCAACGGCUCACUCCUCCUGCAAGCCAUGGACGACACGCUGGAAGGCUGGAUCCAAAAGCACCUCAACACCCUUGACCCAGCCUCACGGGCCACCAAACUCGCCGCCGUCUUCCCCAGCAUCGCCCACUCCCUCAUCACCUCGCUGCAGUGGAUGCAAGAACACUUCUGCACCCACGCCGACAUCAAACCCUCCAACAUCCUCGUCUCGACCAACUUUCUCGGCUCAAACGGCAUCAUCCCAAAGCCAGUCUACACAGACUUCUCCUCCACCAUCCUCUCUCUUCCUGACAACGACGCCACAAUCACAUCACAAACCUCAGGCCCCUUCGGCGCAGGAACGUGGGAUUACCUAGACCCCUGUCUCCUCACCACCAUGACAUCUUCCUCACCUUCGCCUUCCUCAGACCUCUGGUCCCUGGCCAUCACUCUGCUCUUCCUCAUCUUGGGCUCGUCGCCUUAUGACGCUUUCAGGGGGAAUAAGUACCAGCAGCGGGAGAUGAUCAAGGCCGGUCAGCCACUGCAGUGCAUGGGCUAUGACGAUCAAGGCAUGGAGAAUAUCAAACGUCUUAGGGGGUUGAGCAAGAUGCUGGGUAGGGAUUUGGGCGCCUGGUUUGGCAAGGUGCUAGUUAAGGAUGCGGGAAAACGGGUAGGGAUACAGGAGUGGAAGGCGGAGUUGGAGGGCUUGUUGUAG